AUGGGCAUCAAAGGACUUUAUCAUGUCAUUGCCGAUGAGGCACCCGAUGCCAUCAAGAAUGGCGAGAUCAAAAACCACUUUGGCAGGAAGGUCGCCAUUGAUGCGUCGAUGAGCAUAUACAGUUUCCUCAUAGCGGUGCGCUCCGAAGGCCAGCAACUCAUGUCAGACACUGGCGAAACCACAUCGCACCUGAUGGGCAUGUUCUACCGGACUCUACGUAUGGUCGACAACGGUCUCAAACCUCUAUAUGUCUUCGACGGAGCACCGCCAAAGCUCAAGUCUGGCGAACUUGCCAAGCGAUUUGCCCGCAAGAACGAGGCGAACGAGCAGCAUGAAGAGGCGAAGGAGACUGGCACCGCAGAGGAAGUGGAGAAGUUCUCACGAAGAACUGUGCGAGUGACCAGAGAACACAACGAAGAAUGCAGAAAGCUGCUCAAGCUGAUGGGCAUACCAUUCAUCGUUGCGCCCACAGAAGCAGAAGCACAAUGCGCUGUAUUGGCUCGAGCUGGCAAGGUGUAUGCAGCAGCCUCUGAGGACAUGGACACAUUGACCUUCAAUUCACCAAUCUUGCUACGACAUCUGACCUUCAGUGAACAACGCAAGGAGCCCAUUCAAGAAAUCCACCUCGACAAGACACUGGAGGGCUUGAACAUGGACCGCAAUCAGUUUAUCGACCUUUGCAUCCUGCUCGGAUGUGACUACGUGGACCCCAUCCCCAAGGUUGGGCCGAACACUGCAUUGAAAUUGAUCCGGGAGCAUGGCUCGUUGGAGAAGGUUGUGGAGUUCAUGGAAAAUGAUCCGAAGAAGAGAUACAGCAUUCCUGACGACUGGCCGUACAAAGAAGCAAGAGAGCUGUUCCAUCACCCGGACGUGCGCUCUGCCGAUGACCCUGAGUGUGAUUUCAAGUGGGAAGCACCUGACGUGGAGGGCCUUGUACAGUUUCUCGUCAACGACAAGGGCUUCAACGAAGACCGAGUACGCAGCGGGGCGCAGAAACUGCAGAAGAACGUCAAGACGGCACAACAGUCCAGGCUUGAAGGGUUCUUCAAAGCAGUCCCCAAGACCGAAACCGAGAAGAAGGACCUAAAGCGGAAGCACGACGAAAAGAUUGCCGAAGCGAAGAAGAAAAAGAGAGAGGACGCGAAGACCAAGAAAGAGUCCAAGGCGAGGACGCAUAUCUCAACAUGA